CCGAGGGACACUCUCUGGGCGCAUCGCUUCCCCGCUCGGCUCCUCCCGGCCUCGGACGCAGGAGAAGAAACGCGCCUUCCGAAGAGAAGGCUCCUCCACCCGCUCCAGGAUCCCACGCGUGUUCCUGCCUUAUCUCCGCGCCUCUUUCUGGACUUUCUCGCCCCCUUGGAGCGCUUUCCCUGCGACCAGGAAACCAGCGAAAAGUGGGAGACCCUUUUCCGCCUCCUCCUCCUCCUCCUUCCUUCUCUUCCUUCCUUCCUUCCUUCCUUCCUCUGAUUCCCCACCACCAUGAACAGCAACAGCUACUAUGACCAGUCCCCGGCGGCCUACGGCUCGGGCGAGGAGCAGGACGAGAUGCCGGCCACCGAGAAGGACCUGGCUGAGGACGCUCCCUGGAAGAAGAUCCAGCAGAACACCUUCACCCGCUGGUGCAACGAGCACCUCAAGUGCGUCAACAAGCGCAUCGGUGAUCUCCAGAAGGACCUGAGCGACGGGCUGAAGCUCAUUGGGCUCCUCGAGGUGCUGAGCCAGAAGAAGAUGUACCGCAAGUACCACGCCCGGCCCAACUUCCGCCAGAUGAAGCUGGAGAACGUCUCCGUGGCCCUCGAGUUCCUGGACCGGGAGCACAUCAAGCUGGUCUCCAUCGACAGCAAGGCCAUCGUGGACGGCAACCUGAAGCUGAUCCUGGGCCUGAUCUGGACCCUGAUCCUGCACUACUCCAUCUCCAUGCCCAUGUGGGAAGACGAGGACGAGGAGGACGCCAAGAAGCAGACCCCCAAGCAGCGCCUCCUGGGCUGGAUCCAGAACAAGGUCCCCCAGCUGCCCAUCACCAACUUCAACCGCGACUGGCAGGACGGCAAGGCCUUGGGCGCACUGGUGGACAACUGCGCUCCCGGUUUGUGCCCCGACUGGGAGACCUGGGACCCCAACCAGCCGGUGGAAAAUGCCCGGGAAGCCAUGCAACAAGCGGACGACUGGCUGGGAGUUCCACAGGUGAUUGCCCCGGAGGAGAUUGUGGACCCCAACGUGGAUGAGCACUCGGUCAUGACGUACCUGUCUCAGUUCCCCAAAGCCAAGCUCAAGCCCGGAGCCCCCCUGCGCUCGAAGCAGCUCAACCCCAAGAAAGCCAAAGCCUACGGCCCAGGUAUUGAGCCGCACGGGAACACGGUGCUGAAACCAGCCCAUUUCACAGUGGAAACCAUUGAGGCCGGGCUGGGAGAGGUCCUGGUCUACAUCGAGGAUCCAGAAGGACACACUGAAGAGGCCAAAGUGGUCGCCAACAAUGACAAGAACCGGACAUAUUCUGUGUCCUACAUCCCCAAAGUGGCUGGCUUGCACAAGGUGACGGUGCUCUUUGCCGGGCAGAAUAUUGACAAGAGUCCCUUUGAGGUCAAUGUGGGGAUGGCGCUGGGUGACGCCAACAAGGUCACGGCUCGCGGUCCAGGCCUGGAGCCGGUGGGGAACGUGGCCAACAAGCCCACCUACUUCGACAUCUACACUGCAGGGGCCGGGGCCGGCGACGUCGGGGUCGUGAUCGUAGACCCGCAGGGCCGUCGCGACACGGUGGAGGUGGUCCUGGAGGACAAGGGGGACAACAUCUUCCGCUGCACCUACCGCCCCGUCCUGGAGGGUCCGCACACGAUUUACGUCACUUUCGCCGGCGCUCAGAUCCCCAAGAGCCCCUUCACCGUCAACGUGGCAGAAGCACCGCCUUCCCCGCAGCCGCUGCCCGGCGUCACCCCCCUCCAGAUCAUCCCUCAGUCCGUCCACACCCCGCCUGCCGACAAGGCCAAGAAAGUCCCACCCCCCACUCUGCCCAAGCCGCGGAAGCCAACUUGCAACCCCAACGCUUGCCGAGCCAUGGGACGUGGGCUCCAGCCGAAGGGGGUGCGCGUGAAGGAAGUGGCCGACUUCAAGGUGUACACCAAGGGAGCCGGCACCGGAGAGCUCAAGGUGGUGGUCAAGGGGCCAAAAGGCAUCGAGGAGCCAGUGAAGGUUCGGGAUGUUGGCGACGGAGUGUUUGAAUGUGAUUACUACCCAGUCGUUCCCGGGAAAUACGUGGUGUCCAUUACGUGGGGUGGACAUGCCAUCCCAAGAAGUCCCUUCGAGGUGCAGGUCGGACCAGAAGCCGGACUGCAGAAGGUCAGGGCUUGGGGCCCUGGCUUGGAGACUGGCAUGGUGGGCAAGUCGGCCGACUUUGUGGUGGAAGCCAUUGGCACCGAAGUGGGCACCUUGGGCUUCUCCAUCGAGGGUCCAUCUCAGGCCAAAAUCGAAUGUGAUGACAAAGGGGACGGCUCCUGCGACGUGCGAUACUGGCCCACGGAGCCGGGAGAGUAUGCCGUGCAUGUGAUCUGCGAUGACGAGGACAUCAAGGACAGCCCCUUCAUCGCCCACAUCCUGCCAGCCACCAACGAGUACUUCCCAGAGAAGGUGAAAGCUUUUGGACCUGGUCUGGAACCGGUUGGCUGCAUUGUGAACAAACCAGCUGAAUUCACCAUUGAUGCCAGAGGAGCAGGGAAGGCAGAGCUCAAGAUCUACGCCCAGGAUGCGGAAGGCGUUGCCAUCAACAUCAAGGUCAAGAACAACGGGGACGGCACCUUCUCCUGCGUCUACGUCCCCACCAAGCCCAUCAAGCACACCAUCAUCAUCAGCUGGGGGGGCGUCAACAUCCCCAAGAGCCCCUUCCGGGUCAUGGUGGGCGAAGGGAGUUACCCAGACAAGGUCAAGGUAUACGGUCCUGGAGUGGAGAAGACGGGGUUGAAAGCCAACGAACCCACUUACUUCACGGUGGAUUGCAGUGACGCGGGACAAGGGGACGUGAGCAUUGGCAUCAAGUGUGCUCCAGGGGUGGUGGGGCCCGUGGAGGCCGACAUCGAUUUCGACAUCAUCAAGAAUGACAACGACACCUUCACAGUGAAAUACACCCCUCCAGGUCCCGGGCGGUACACCAUCAUGGUGCUCUUUGCCAACCAGGAGAUCCCCAUCAGCCCUUUCCACAUCAAGGUGGAUCCUUCCCACGAUGCCAGCAAAGUCAAGGCAGAGGGGCCAGGACUCAACCGGACAGGUGUGGAGGUGGGAAAGCCCACCCACUUCACCGUCUUCACCAAGGGUGCUGGCAAGGCCAAGCUGGACGUCCACUUUGCCGGAGCGGCCAAAGGAGAGGUGGUGCGUGACUUUGAGAUCAUCGACAACCACGACUACUCCUACACGGUCAAAUACACAGCUGUGCAACAGGGCAAUAUGGCCGUGACCGUGACCUACGGAGGCGACCCCAUUCCCAAGAGUCCCUUCCCUGUCAAUGUGGCUCCGCCCCUCGACCUGAGCAAGGUCAAAGUGCAAGGACUCAACAACAAAGUGGACGUAGGUCGAGAUCAAGAGUUUACCAUCAACACCAAAGGCGCUGGCGGUCAAGGCCAGGUGGACGUGAAGAUCAGCUCUCCCUCCCGACGGCCCAUUCCCUGCAAAGUGGAGACGGGCACCAACAACGACCUCCACUCCGUGAAGUAUAUGCCACCCGAGGAGGGGCCCUACAAAGUGGACAUCACCUAUGACGGACACCCUGUCCCAGGAAGCCCCUUCACGGUGGAGGCCGUCAUGCCCCCAGACCCAUCCAAGGUCUGUGCCUACGGCCCGGGGCUGAAGGGUGGCUUUGUGGGCAAGCCGGCCCCGUUCACCAUCAACACCAAGGGAGCAGGCACGGGGGGCCUGGGCUUGACGGUGGAGGGUCCCUGCGAGGCCAAAAUCGAGUGCCAGGACAACGGGGACGGCUCCUGCUCUGUCUCGUACCUGCCCACUGAGCCCGGGGAGUACGCCAUCAACAUCCUCUUUGCCGAGGCUCACAUCCCGGGCUCCCCCUUCAAGGCGGACAUCAAGCCCGUCUUCGACCCCUCCAAGGUGACGGCCAGCGGGCCAGGGCUGGAGCACGGCAAGGUGGGCGAGGUGGCCACUUUCAUGGUGGACUGCUCCAAGGCGGGUGAUGCCGAGCUCACCAUUGAGAUCAUUUCGGAUUCGGGGGUCAAGGCGGAGGUGCUGAUCCAGAACAAUAGCGACGGGACCUACAGCAUCACCUACAUCCCCUCCUUCCCGGGCACCUAUACCAUCACCAUUAAAUAUGGUGGACAUGCCGUGCCCAAGUUCCCUGCACGGGUCAAUGUGGAUCCGGCCGUGGACACCAGCAAUGUCAAGGUCUUUGGACCUGGAGUGGAACCACGGGGUGUCCUGCGUGAGGUGACCACCGAAUUCACGGUGGACGCCCGUUCCCUGACCAAAACCGGAGGCAACCACAUCAAGGUGCGCGUCAUCAACCCCUCGGGCGCCAAGACGGACUCCUACAUCACCGACAAUGGGGACGGCACCUACCGCGUCCAGUACACGCCCUUCGAGGACGGUGUGCACCUGGUGGAAGUGACCUAUGACGACGUGCCGGUGCCCAAGAGCCCCUUCCGGGUGGGGGUCACGGAGGGCUGUGACCCCAGCCGCGUCCGCGCUUACGGCCCUGGCCUGGAGGGAGGGCUGGUGAACAAAUCCAACCGCUUCACCGUGGAGACGAGGGGAGCCGGGACCGGUGGCCUCGGCCUGGCCAUCGAAGGUCCGUCCGAAGCCAAAAUGUCCUGCAAGGACAACAAAGACGGCAGCUGCAGUGUGGAGUACAUCCCGUUCACCCCCGGAGACUACGACGUCAACAUCACUUUCGGAGGACACCCCAUCCCUGGAAGCCCAUUCCGUGUCCCUGUCAAGGACGUGGUGGACCCCAGCAAGGUCAAGUGUUCGGGGCCCGGGUUGGGGGCUGGCGUCCGUGCCCGUGUCCCCCAGACCUUCACUGUGGACUGCAGCAAGGCCGGCCUGGCCCCCCUGGAGGUGAAGGUCCUCGGACCCACAGGGGUUGCCGAACCAGUGGAGGUCCGCAACAACGGGGAUGGCACCCACACGGUAAACUACACUCCAGCCACGGACGGGCCGUACACCGUCUCUGUCAAAUACGCCAGUCAAGAAGUGCCCCGCAGCCCAUUCAAGAUCAAGGUCCUUCCGGCCCACGAUGCCAGCAAAGUGCGAGCCAGUGGGCCUGGUCUCAACGCGUCCGGCAUCCCGGCCAGUUUGCCUGUUGAGUUCACCAUCGAUGCCCGUGAUGCUGGCGAGGGCUUGCUCACCGUCCAAAUACUGGACCCAGAAGGCAAACCCAAGAAAGCCAACAUCCGGGACAACGGAGACGGGACCUACACUGUGUCCUAUGUUCCAGACAUGACAGGGCGCUACACCAUCACCAUCAAGUACGGCGGGGACGAAAUCCCCUACUCGCCCUUCCGGAUCCAUGCGCUGCCCGCUGGGGAUGCCAGCAAGUGCCUGGUCACAGUGUCCAUCGGAGGACAUGGAUUGGGCACUUGUUUGGGCCCCACCAUCCAGAUCGGAGAGGAGACGGUCAUCACAGUGGACGCCAAGGCAGCCGGGAAGGGGAAAGUGACCUGCAAGGUCUCCACGCCGGAUGGGGCAGAGCUGGACGUCGACGUGGUGGAGAACCAUGACGGUACCUUCGAUAUCUACUACACUGCUCCGGAGCCGGGCAAAUACGUCAUCACCAUCCGCUUCGGGGGCGAACAGAUCCCCAACAGCCCCUUCCAUGUCGUGGCCUGUGACCCCAUGCCCCACGUCGAGGAGCCCUGUGAGUCCAUGCAGCUCCAGCAGCCCUUCCCAGCGCAUCAUGCGGGCGGAUACCCCUCGCACUGGGCCACGGAUGAACCCGUCGCCCCUCCAGAGAACGUGGACUCCAUGCUGCGCCCCUUCAACCUGGUCAUCCCCUUCGCCGUGCAAAAGGGAGAGAUCACAGGCGAGGUGAGGAUGCCUUCGGGGAAGACGGCUCGUCCCCAUAUCACCGAUAAUAAGGACGGCACCGUGACGGUCAAGUAUGCGCCUGUGGAGAAGGGGCUGCACGAGAUGGACAUCAAAUACGAUGGGAACCACAUUCCAGGGAGCCCUCUCCAGUUCUAUGUGGAUGCCAUCAACGCCCGCCAUGUGAGCGCUUAUGGGCCGGGACUGAGCCAUGGCAUGGUCAACAAGCCUGCCACGUUCACAAUUGUCACCAAGGAUGCCGGAGAAGGAGGUCUCUCCUUGGCGGUGGAAGGCCCGUCCAAGGCCGAAAUCACCUGCAAGGACAACAAAGAUGGCACCUGCACCGUCUCCUACCUGCCCACCGCUCCUGGGGAUUACAACAUCAUUGUGCGCUUUGACGACAAGCACAUCCCCGGCAGCCCCUUCACCGCCAAGAUCACAGGCGAUGACUCCAUGCGCACGUCCCAGCUCAACGUGGGCACCUCCACCGACGUCUCCCUCAAGAUCACCGAGAGCGACCUGAGCCUCCUGACGGCCAGCAUCCGGGCCCCGUCCGGGAAUGAAGAGCCCUGCCUGCUCAAGCGGCUGCCCAACCGCCAUAUCGGGAUCUCCUUCACCCCCAAGGAGGUCGGGGAGCACGUGGUCAGCGUGAAGAAGGGCGGCAAACACGUCACCAACAGCCCCUUCAAGAUCAUGGUGGGCCAGUCGGAGAUCGGCGACGCCAGCAAGGUCAAGGUCUCCGGGAAAGGCCUGGUGGAAGGACACACUUUCGAGGUCUCCGAGUUUAUCGUCGACACACGUACCGCAGGUUACGGUGGUCUGGGCCUGUCAAUCGAAGGCCCCAGCAAGGUGGACAUCAACUGCGAGGACAUGGAAGACGGCACUUGCAAAGUGACCUAUUGCCCCACGGAGCCCGGGAAUUACAUCAUCAACAUCAAGUUUGCAGAGAAACAUGUGCCAGGGAGCCCUUUCACGGUGAAGGUGACGGGCGAAGGGCGCAUGAAGGAGAGCAUCACCCGCCGGCGCCAGGCUCCCUCCAUUGCCACCAUCGGAAGCACCUGCGACCUGAACCUCAAGAUCCCAGGCAACUGGUUCCAGAUGGUCUCUGCGCAGGAGCGCCUGACGCGCACCUUCACGCGCAGCAGCCACACGUACACGCGCACCGAGCGGACGGAGAUCAGCAAGACGCGUGGCGGCGAGACCAAGCGUGAGGUGCGGGUGGAGGAGUCCACCCAGGUUGGCGGGGACCCCUUCCACAACGUCUUCGGGGACUUCCUGGGCCGCGAGAGCCUCGGCUCCUUCGGCAGCAUCGCCCGGACCCAGGAGGGUGAGGCUGGCUUGCAAGCCAUGACUGCCCAGGUGACCAGUCCGUCAGGGAAGAUGGCAGAGGCGGAGAUCAUUGAGGGCGAGGACAGCGCCUACUCGGUCCGCUUCGUGCCGCAGGAGAUGGGCCCCCACACCGUCAACGUCAAGUACCGUGGGCAACACGUCCCUGGGAGCCCCUUCCAGUUCACGGUGGGGCCCUUGGGAGAAGGGGGUGCCCACAAGGUGCGAGCCGGGGGUCCCGGCCUGGAGAGGGGCGUGGCAGGCGUGCCAGCCGAAUUCAGCAUAUGGACCCGGGAGGCUGGUGCCGGGGGUCUCUCCAUUGCGGUGGAGGGUCCCAGCAAGGCAGAGAUUGCAUUUGAGGACAGGAAAGACGGCUCUUGCGGGGUCUCCUACAUCGUCCAGGAACCAGGUGACUAUGAGGUCUCCAUCAAGUUCAAUGACGAGAACAUCCCCGACAGCCCAUUCGUGGUCCCAGUGGCCUCCCACUCGGAUGAUGCCCGGCGCCUCACGGUCACAAGCCUCCAGGAGACGGGCCUGAAGGUCAACCAGCCGGCCUCCUUUGCGGUGCAGCUCAAUGGGGCGCGUGGGGUGAUCGACGCCAAGGUCCACACUCCCUCCGGAGUCGUGGAAGAGUGCUACGUCUCCGAACUGGACAGCGACAAAUACGCCAUCCGCUUCAUCCCGCACGAGAACGGCGUCCAUUCCAUCGAUGUCCGGUUCAACGGCCGCCACGUUCCCGGCAGCCCCUUCAACAUCCGCGUGGGCGAACAGAGCCAGGCGGGAGACCCCGGGCUGGUCACUGCCUAUGGUCCAGGGCUGGAGGGAGGAACCACAGGCGUCUCUUCCGAGUUCUUUGUCAAGACCCGCAACGCUGGCUCCGGCGCCCUGUCCGUCACCAUCGACGGCCCCUCCAAGGUGCAGAUGGACUGCCAGGAGUGUCCCGAGGGCCACAAGGUCACCUACAUGCCCAUGGCGCCCGGAAGCUACCUCAUCUCCAUCAAGUACGGCGGGCCCCAGCACAUCGUGGGCAGCCCCUUCAAGGCCAAGGUCACAGGGCCCCGCCUCUCUGGGGGUCACAGCCUCCAUGAGACGUCAACGGUGCUGGUGGAGACGGUCACCAAAGCCUCCUCCUCGGUGGGUGGGAGCUACAGCGCCCUGCCCAAGUUCUCCUCCGACGCCAGCAAAGUGGUGGCCCGGGGACCUGGGCUGACUAAGGCCUUCGUGGGCCAGAAGAACACUUUCACCGUGGACUGCAGCAAGGCUGGCACCAACAUGCUGAUGGUGGGUGUCCACGGCCCCAAGACGCCCUGCGACGAGGUCUACGUCAAGCACAUGGGCAACCGGGUCUACAACGUCACCUACACCGUCAAGGAGAAGGGGGACUACGUCCUCAUUGUCAAGUGGGGGGACGAAGGCGUGCCCGGCAGCCCCUACCAAGUCAACGUGCCCUAAAAGGGGGCCGGCCCGGAGCCAUUUCCCCGGUGGCCCCUGCCCCGCAUUUCCACGCCAAGGACCGGCAUGGCCGGACAUCUCGGGGGUCCCCUUGGGGCGGGGCUGACACCACGACGGACCUUGGGACAAUUUUGGGUUGCCUGUUUGGACUUUGCCUUUUGACUCUUUGGCCCGGCGGAGGGCUUGGGGUGGGGCGGGGAGGGCAAGGUGUGCACCGUUUUAGCGGGAAAAUGCAAGUGGGCAGGUGACUGAUCAUGGCGGUGGAGUCAAAGAAUGAUGUCACUAGGAGAAGGAGUGAGGUCAGGGUUUUGUCAAAGUGGGGAACUGGCAUUGUGGGAUGCCCCAUGGCAAUGGGAUUGUGGAAGACCAGGCAGUGGGACCUAUCUGCACCAUUCUCGGCCACCUCAGGGUUGGGUCCUUGAUGUAGUUGGACAAUAUGGAAGUGAGAAGAUUUGGAGCUCAAAGCAAAUUGAAGUAUGGAGAGACUUUCCAAGGACCAGAAGGACAAUUCAACAAAGCGUCAGCUCUACUCCUGUUUGUGAGAUGGGUUGGAUGGACGUGGAGGCGUGUGAAGAACAAAACUAUAUUGUGGAAGAUCACGUUAGUACCUAUUUGCACCAUACUUGGCCAUCUUAAGGUUGGGUCCUCAGUAUGUCUGGACAACUUGGAAAUGGGAAGUUGAUUUGGAGCACAAAGUAUGGAGAGCAGGGAUGUGGAGAGACUUCUGCAAGGACUGGGUAGAGAGGCCAAACAAAGCAGUUUUGCCCACACCUACUGAGAUGGAUUAGAAACCUAAGAAUUAUGGAGCUCCAAGGGCCAUCUAGCCCAACAACCUUAUUCUGCCGUGCAGGAAAAUACAAUCAAAGCACUCCCGACAGAAGGCCAUCCAAUUUCUGCUUAAAAACCUCCAGGGAGAUAAUAGUUCUGACUUGUCAGAAAGUUCUUCCUAAUGUUUAGGUGAAACAUCUCUUCCUGCAAUUGGAAUCCAUUGCUCCAUUGUGUCCUAGUUGCUAGAACUGGAUGCAGAGGCAUGCAAGGAUUGAGCAAAACUACUAUUUGGAGCUUAAGGCUUCCAGAGAACAAUCGAGUCCAUUGGCCUUAAAUAAACAAGAAGUUCUCCAUCUCUGUUGACUUCCACCAUUGCAUUCUGUUGACUUCCACAAGAGUCUCGGUCAACAGGAAUUGGGUCGGAAAGUGCAGUGAAAUGUGACACCAACUUGCCCAUUGUUCCCAUUGCGGAGUUUCCUUUGCCCCUUCCUUCUGCCCCAUCUCACAAACUGGUCGACUGCUGCCGUGACAGAGAGAUACUUGAACCAAAGAGAUUCAUCAUUUGCCUGGUUUGGGGAUUCCUUUUUUUUUUAGAAAAGGAAGAAGUUGGAGAAAGGGAAAGAAUUUAAUAAAAAAAAUAUUGGGAAAGGGAGUCAGGCCCUUUGGCCUGUGUGUCGGUCGAGGGUGUUUCUAGCCAAGUUCCUCUCUUGGGGUUGGUUUGGGUCGGGGGACUUUUUUAUCCAUGUGUUUGGGGUUGCGUGUGUGUUUGGGGUCGGAGCACCCAGCCGAACCUGCCCACCAGCAAUAAAGAUGACUUGCUUUUGAAAAA